GCGCACACUCGUUCAUGUGCUUUACAUUACCCCAAAAAUAGCUUAUAGUUCAGCCAGGUCAUUCGGCCAUUAUUUACCAAUCCAGUCGACUCUAGAUAUAGUUUAACAUGUGAAAGAACACAGAGCUUGAAUAUAUACAGAUACAUGACUGUCUGAAUACAGAAAAUACUAAGAUUUCUGUGACGUGUCUUAACUAUAGGCCUAUUGACUAUUCUACUAAAAUUUUAGAUAUAGUCAAUAGAGUCUAGGACUAGAUCUAGACCUAGAGGCUAGAUCUAGGCGAAUUCUUAAGUUCUAGGUCUACCUCUAGUCUAAAUCUAAUCAACUAAUCUAGAUCUAUUUAGAUUCUAGAUGAGUAGAUCUAGAUCUCUCGUACAGUAUGUAGUAUAAAAAUGGUUCCAAAAUUUCAUCAUGGAAUCAAGAUCUCUAGAUCUAUCUAAACAAUAAAUGCAUCGCUGUUCCAAGAAGAAGUCCAAAAAAGCAAGGUAGAGGCUAAUGAAUACAUCACAAACAAGAUCAACCAUGGCUUUGGAGGGAGUGAGUACAGGAGAUGUAUCAACUAUAGGGAUGAGGUCUGAUCCACGCUCUCCAAUGUCUGUGGGUGCAAUAGGAGCAUCAACACUGUCAAUGAGGGCUAAAGCAGCUCGAAAAAGACAAGUCAAUGCAACACACAACAGUAAUUUCAGAGCUGGAUUUGUUCCAGUUGAGGAGGAUGCUUUACACCGAGCGGGAAUCAGGGGUCGCAAGCGUUAUUUUCUUUAUUGUGUCCUUGCAGGAUUAAUGAUUGUUGCAGUUCUUAAUAUGGCUAUUACAGCAUUGCUUCUGUAUAUUCUUGGUAUGACUCACAAUGGACUGACCAGCUUAGAAAUGACCAUGAUACAAGGUCGAGAUUUCCUUCGAGUGUUAGACAAAGCAAGCAUUUAUACCAUGUCAAUGGUGGAUGCACCUCUGGGAGCUACAUAUGACAAUAAUUUAAGCAUUGAAGCACCUAAUGCUAAGUUAGAGGUGAAAGUCAGAAACUCUUCAAAGAGGAAGGCUUCAGUUAUUCUAGAGAAGAAUGUGAUCACUGUAGUAACCAACAACUUCUCUGUGAAGACAAGCAAUGCCACUGACUGGUUCUCCACAAACCUAGCCUCUCUCACAGCACAUGAUCUAAUCCUUAAUCUCUCUGCCGAUCAGGUCACUGCCAAGAAGAUUUCCAGCAGACAAGACUAUAAAGAUUUGUCAUUAGAAUCUGUCAGAGGGGUGAAUAUUUCAGCCACUGAAGACUUAGCCAUCAGCUCUUUGAAGACCAUAGAUAUUCAAGCACAGACAGUCAACAUCAUCUCACAGUCUUCUACUACCAUCAAAACAUCUCAUGGAAUGUUCCUUGGCAAAGAACUACCAAAAGUGAACACUUCUAAUGCUGCAGACUACAAAAACCUGACCUACAAAUUAUGUGUUUGUGCAUCUGGUCGAGUGUUUAAAGUUCGAGUGAAUAAACCAGGAAUAACCUGUUUAGAUGUCGAUCUGGGACAGCUUCAGAAAUUGUGUGGGAACAGUGUCUGAUAGAUCUUAAAUUUUUUUUAAAAUAACUUAUGUUCGUGUUUUUUUUUUAUUGCAUUAAAAAAAAGGAAUGAUACAUAUUGAUAGGCGUUUCUGCCUGUCUAGUGAGAUUUAGAUCUGAUGUUCCUAAUAUUGUUGAAUUGUCAAUGAAGCCCUUAAGAAAAAAGUGCAGCAAUUUUUGUCUGUGUAUUCUUGCCAAAUGUCACUGGACAUUGUUCUCAUCGGAUAUUUCUUUAUUAAAGUUGGCGCAAGCCCCUGGCUGGGUUUGUCUGUAGAACUGUUCCAUAACAUUAGCCAAAUUAGCACUACAUUGACGUAGAGCUAGGACUUCACACUGACGCCGUUGGAAUAUCACACUGUAUAAGAAUAGAAAAAGAGUUGUAAAUUUCAUUGGAGCUGUGUUUAUGCAAACUGUAGUGUUUAUGUAAUAUUUAUAUUCAUUUUAUUUAUAACAUACUUAAAGUUGUGAUGUAUUUAGCUUUUUAUUUUGUGGGAUUUCAUAUAUAUACUACUAUGCAUUCUACUACCAAAACUUAAAUGGCAGUGUUUAAAUCUAUGCAAUCAUAAUAAUUUAAAAAAAAAAGCCAAUUCAAAUAACAUCUUAUUUAAUAUACAAUGUAUCUUUUUUUUUUAAGUUAAUAAUUAUUCUAAAUAUAUAUUCACUCAUUAAUUUUUUUGUACCUGCAUAAUAAUGUUUCCAUGGUAGACUUUGAUAGUUGUUCUGAAGGAGGUGCAAAUUUUUUGACAACACCCAUGUAGAAGAAAUAAUCAGCAAGUUCACUCUGGCAGUGGGUCAUUUUCACCUUUGAUAGACAACUGAGGACAUCACUGCCUGCCUGCUCUAUAGCUGGGGUGUUUCAAAAAUUGAAUGCCAAAUUAAUGAUGAAUUUAUUGUCAUGCUUUAAAUAGAUAACUGCUUUAGCCAAAACAGUGAUAUCUAUAUUAUUCGGAUAAUAUAAUCAUAUUAAACACAUGUAGCCUACUAUAUAUUUUAUACAUAAAUAUAUAUUUUACACUUAUACAUUUUCAUGUGUAUCUAUAACAAUUGUUUCAUUUAGCAUUGCUUUGAUAUAGUGACUUUGGAGUUUCAAAGACAGCAGUCUCAUCAAGUCUCUUGAGUAGACACAAAGAUGGAUCUAUUUAUGUUUGAUCAAUGAACCAUUAAAAAUUGUUUCAUUAACAUUAGUAUCAUUUUUUAUACAUAAAUGUUCAGAAUUAUUCUUAUCCUUUAUUUAAAUUGAUUUUCUCACCAAGAGAAGCAAGUGAAUUACAGUUGACUCAUUUGCUUAGCCCACAGUUCAACAAGGCCUAAUGCAAGUAUAUAUUAUUACAUCUUUCAUGUUUCUCAAUAGACUUUGAUCUUAGGCUAAAUCCUUAUUAAAAAUCACAUCCACUUCUACUGUUCUUGGCUUGAAAUACAAUUGUUUACUAAGGUACAUUUCUGCCCGUAUAGACUGUUUUCAGACACUUUUUUUUAAAAAUAGCUCUUAUAAAUUGGGAGAAGGUUUUUAGGCGCUCAGUAAACACAACUCUGCUCGAGUCUGUUGUCGAACCUCGAGCUGCCUUGAUAGGUAACCAAGCCAAGCUCAAACGUACUUAGCCUCUCCACCACAUCUCAUGUUUCUAUAGAUACCAUGAUGGAACUAGAAUCUAUAAUUUAUGUAUGACCACUGAACCUUAAAAAAUUGUUUUAUAAUUUAUAGCCUUUGUCUGCUAAUUAUUUUGCUGUAGGCCUAUAAUAUACUUAUUGAUGAUUUGUAGUCUAGUCCUCCAUAUUUAAAAAUGCAAAAGACAUGUUUUGUAGUAGAGCACUUUGCUAUUGGUGAGUUGCAAUAUUUCAGGCAACCUUUGUAGACAGAUGCGAUGGUAUUUAAAUAUUCGGUUACCAAAUACUCUUACCGUUUGAAGAUCAUCUGGAACUAUAAACUAUAUAUUUUUGUA